AUGGGGCUUUCAGCGAGUAAAAAGAUUGCAACUGGCUUAAAGCACUGCACGUUAUGGAAAGCAGAUAGAAGUCCUGGGUGUCGAGCCGUAAUGAUGGCGCUAGACGCCAUGAACUUGAGCAUAACGGAAGUAGACAUCAACAUAGAUAAAGGAGAACAUAGAACACCUGAGAUGCUUGCCCUAAAUCCAUUACAAACAUUGCCAGUACUUAAGGACCGGGAGCUUGUGCUAUGCGACAGUCACGCUAUUUGUGCGUACUUAGCUGGCCGGUACUGUGACUCCGGCCGCCUGUUGCCGAAGGAUCCUGGGGGUCGUUCCAUAACAGACCAGCACAUGCAUUAUAAUAGUGGAGUUUUAUAUCCUCGAUUUCGCGCAGCUGCAUAUCCGAUCCUAUACGAAAAUUGCAAUUUUCUAAUGCCACAACAAAUACAAGACAUCGAAUGUGCUUAUUGUGAUUUGGAGUGCAUGUUGGUUGGUAAAAGCUGGUUUGGUGGUAGUUGGGCAACUCUAAGUGACAUUAUCUUUGCGUCUACAAUCAGCACCCUCAAUAUUUUGGUGCCUGUUGACAAAUACAAAUUUCCAAGACUCUCGGGGUGGUUAUAUCGCGUGUCAGAAGAAUUAUUUUACGUUACAGCCAAUAGGAAAGGACUCUGCGAGUUUUCGAGAAGAAUAGAUUGCGGCUGUGUUAAAGAUGACAAAGAAUUCAAGUGUCCAAGAACCUCGAUGAGACGACGGACGCUAGCGGCCGAUUCAUAA